GUUAGUGUUCUCUGAUUUGAGGCCGGGUUCUUGAAUUUGGCGUUCGACCCGUGACUUGCUGCUCGAAUCGUGGUCCCUAGGGGGUUUGAUGAUCUGGGGAUAGAAAGAUUUCUGGUUUUGUACCUCUACGAGCUGAUCAAGUAGGAAUAUACAAUUUGCUCGGGUGUCUGUUGGUGUUCUUCCGCGUAAAUUUAGAGAAUUUGUCCAAUUUCAGCCGGUAGGCUCAUCGGUUUCAGCUCAAUUGAAGAUGAGGAAGCAAAGGAAAAGUGUCAGUGAUUCCACCUCUGGGUCCGGUGGGGGUCUAGAUCUGAAGUCUGUAAUCCAUCAGCAUUCUCUUUUUCUCGACAAGUUAAUCGAGCUCAUUCCUGCAAAGUUUUACCUGCCCAAUGAUGACAAGGAGAGACCGUGGUUCCAUGGGCUCAGUAAGGCCCAGAAGGAAUCGGCGAAGAAAGAGUCGAGAGAAAAUGUUAAGAAAGCCAGGAGAGACCGACUAGAUCCCGAGAAAUCUUCAGCUACAACUGUUGACUUGUUGAUGCAGAGCUUGGAGAAGGAGAAAGUGGACGAUGGGGGUGACAGAGAAGAUGCAGCGGAUACCAAGCUCACAGUAUCCAGUAUGGAAGAUGAGAAACGUAAAGUGACAUAUGAAGAGCUCCAGCAACGGCUACAUAGCAAAAUUGAACAACUCCGUGCAGCAAGGAUCACUAUGAAUCCCGAUAAGAUCAAAAGAAAGACCGAGAAGGUCGAGCAAGGGAAGAAGCGGAAGAGAGAUGCUGAAGUAAAACCCUCGACCAGUGAUGGAGGAGAUAGGAAGGUGAACAAUGACAUGGAAGAGGCUUCAAAGGAACUUGCUUUUAGCCAAGUCAAGCUUGGGAACGAGGAGGAGAGGAGGAAGAAGAGGAAGAAGCUCUCGAAGGAAAAGGAGCUUGAGAGGGCGAGGAAGCUCGAGGAAGUGAAGAAGGAUCCGGUGAAGGGGGCAAUGGUCUCAAAAAAGCACUCAUGGAAGGCGGCAACAAGUAGGGCUGCCGGGAUUAAGGUCCACGAUGACUCAAAGUUGCUGAAGCAGAGCAUUCAGAAGGAGAACAAGAGGCACCAGAAGAAUGCUGAGAAGUGGAAGGAGAGGUUCGAGGCCCAGCAGAAGGUGAAGACAGAGAAACAGCAAAAGAGGUCAGAGAAUAUAGCAGAGAGGGCCCUUGAGAAGAAGAUGCGAAAGAUCGCUAAGCGGGAGAAAAAGCUCUUGAGGCCUGGGUUUGAAGGCCGCAAAGAGGGAUUCAUUAAUGAGCCUUUGGCUUCAGCUUAGCUUAAGGUAAACUUUGCAGCCUCUUUCGGAAAGCUCCUUUGUAGGAAUACGGGAUUUUACCAGUUAUCUGUUGGUAGUGACUCGAAUGAGGUGAUGUUUUGCCCAAGCAUAGUCUUUCAUUUUGGAAUUUAAUGUUAGGGAUAUAUAUAGUAAAUUCAAAAGGAUAUAAUUUCAAGUUUUGUUGUAUUUUAUUGAAAGCCAAUCUUCUCAACAGUACUAAGAUCUACUGAAUGAUUACUUUAUUAGGCCAGGUUA